AUGUGGUGCUGUUGGCGGCGUGCCUGUACUCUCAAAUCUCGGAGUAGGAUGUCUCGAAAGCUUUCAAAGUCGUGUGGGAGGCUUGGCGGAAGUCACGUCACGUGGGUCCUUGGUCGCGCUUGCCUCCGACUGCCGAUCCGCCUCAAAUUUAGAAAGAAGACAAGUUUGCUUCAACCACUUUCUUUCGCCCUCACGAGCGCAGAUCUUCUGCUGCGUCUCAACACCGCCAGAACUGAUACACAACUCCAUCACACACUCAUCAUGUCUUUCCAGGAAACAUUUUGGGCGGCGCCGCCGAUCUCGAGAACCAUCACAGCCGCGACCGUUCUCAUUUCAGUACCUGGCCACUUGGGACUCUAUAGUCUGAUGUGGGUCAUCUUCCUCUCGGACUACAUCCUCACCCUCAGACAGCUGCCACAGAUAUGGCGUCUCGUGACCAGCUUCUUCGUCACCGGACCGCAACUGUCCUUGAUAAUGGACCCGUUCUUCCUAUACCACUACAGCAGCAAGCUUGAGACUGGCUCACCACGGUUCAGCGCACCAGGCGCCUACGCCUUCUACAUCCUGUUCGUGUCGACUGUCAUCUUGCUCACUGGAGGUUUCUACCUCGGCGGCAUCACGCUGCUCAACCCACUGAGCAUGGCACUCAUCUACACCUUCGCACAAGAUGAUCCGAACAGAGUUGUCCAGUUCUUCAUCGUGCAGAUGCCGGCGAAGUACCUACCCUACGCAUCGCUCGCCAUCACAUACCUCAUGGCUGGCCAGUACGCCACCUUGGUUCAGGCCACCGGUAUCUUGGCAGCUCAUCUCUAUGACUUCUUCGACCGCAUAUGGCCACAGUUUGGCGGCGGACCGAAGCUCAUCCAGGUGCCGCAAUGGAUUCAGAAGCAAUUCGCUGCACCUGCUGGAGCCGGUCAAGGACGAACCUACGGUACUGCCUUUGCUGGCAGAGCUGGGGGUCCUGGCCAGACUGCUUCACAGAACCAGACUGGAAGCGGAGGUGGAUGGGCAAGUGGCUCGUCAUGGACCAGCAGAGGUAGUGGUCGACGACUCGGAGGAGAAUGA